AUGACAGGAGCAAGGUUACAGUUUCAACAAAUUCAUAAAUUAGAACGCGAAAAGAAAUUGCAUCGCGGGUGGGACAACCAUUUGCCUGAAGAAGUUCUGGCAAAGUGGGAAGAAUGGACGAAAGGACUGAACAGACUAUCUCUUAUGUAUGUCAGCCGUUGCUUCCGCCCGACCGAAUUUCCUCUCGACAAAUCAGUGUUUACGCUUAUCAUCUUUGCGGACGCCUCAUCAGUAGCCUAUGGUGCCGUCACUCACUUUCGCGUGCAGUGCGGAGACAGGGUGCACGUCAGUUUUGUUAUGGCAAAAGGCCGCCUCGCGCCUCUCUUCCCUAUGACGAUUCCGCGACUCGAACUAAAAGCCGCCGUCCUGGCGGUUCAUAUUUCAACCAUUAUAAAGAAGGAGCUUCGAAUCAUCAUUUCCGCGACGGAAUUUUAUUCUGACUCAGAAAUAGUGCUACAUCAGUUGCGCACCAGCCGCCCUCGUCAGACAGCGUUCGUCGCGGCAAGAAGAAGCGAAAUUCUUGCCCACUCGUCGGCGGAGCAAUGGUACUAUGUCUGCAGUGAAGACAAUCCCGCGGACGCGUGCACACGGGGCGUUGUUCCAAAAGAUUUUGGGCCAGAUUGCAAAUGGAUCACCGGACCUACAUUUUUGUUAGAUCCAGCGUUCGUACCAGUAGCAUUCCAUCCGCCUUCCGUUUUUGCUGAUGAUGAGACGGCGCAAGUCGUUAAUGUCGGCCAACUAAGCGUGGCGCAACCAUCACGCCACCCGUCAUUUCUCGUCGUAUCUAAAAUCAUCACUCAAAGCACCCAGCUCAACACCUUGAAGCGUGAUGUCGCCCAAGCGUUACGGACUGAACCGGUUUCCGACAAAGAACCAACCGCCGAUGAGCUUGCGAAUGCCUUUCGUCUCUGCCUAGCUAUCUCGCAAGAAGAGGCAUUCCCGCGGGAGAGCGAUGCCCUGGCAAAAGGCGCCUUAAUCCCCCGGAAUUCUAUCUUGAAGCGGGUGGGGCCAUACAUCGACCCCGCCGACGGUUUAUUGAAGGUGGAUGGGCGGCUUCAACAUAAAGAGCUCGUACUCGUUACCCCAUCAUCAUAG